GCGGAAAGUAAUUGUAGACGUCUCAACGAGAGAAAUUAAUUUAAUGAAUGGGAGUAUUUGCCAUCUAGAAUUCAUAAAAUGGAAGAACUGACAGAUAGAGAAAAUCUCUUCAAACUGUGGAUGAUUUACAACUCAAAAAAGGAAAGGGUUGCUUUGGAUAAAUUUCUUCAGUUCUUUAUCAAGACUCAUAAAGAAUUUAUAGACAUUCAGUUUGAUCACCUGAAUGAAGGGUUUUGUGAGGAAGGACCACAUCUAACAUUAUUACCAGAUGGUAUAUUAGAGGUAUUAGGUAAUCAACUGGUUAUUAGUAAACAACAAAUUACAUCUAGUUUUACGGAAGAAAAGUUAAAAUUUACAGAAUCUCUACUUGAAUGUCUGAUUGUAAUAUGCAGGAACUAUGAUAAUGUACCAUUAGUGGCAUCAUGUGAGUUUGUGUCUAAUACAGUAGCAAUAGCUGCCUCUGUAAUUGAACAGAUAUGUGGAGAUGAAGAUGAUGAGUCCUGUUGUUCAUCAUCUCUAUUUUUAUCAUUUAUUCAACAUGUCAUUCAUUUGUUAGAAUGCCUUUAUGACCCAUAUUUUAUAUGGAGAAAAAGAUUGAGAGGAUGGAAAGUAGAUAAAACAAGACAAAGAUUUAAACCAGCAUGUUUACAUAAUGAAGUUGUACCUUUCUUUCAUGACUGUUUCCAACAAGAAAAAUUAGUAACCGGUAUUCAGCUACAGUUACUACAUCUAUUUGGUGCCAUAAUAUCAGGAGCACAGCAUAAUGCAUUAAAAGCUAUAACACCAGCAACGUUAGAUGUUUUAUUGAAAGUUUUGUCAAGUAAUAGAAAAUUUGGACCAACUAAUACAAACAGAGAAGAAAUAUCUACACUAAAAGACUUGGUGCUCAAAUGUAUUGUACGAGUAGUUCAUGUUAUACAUUGUUGUAGUCCAGAUCAACGCCAGAUAGAAGUCAGUGAAGUUAUGCAAGGUUAUAUGAAUGUUUUACAAAAACUAGAAUUAGAGGAAUCAGAUAAUGACGAUCAAGACACACAUUUGCAGUUAACAAUGAUCUCAACUGUUGAUGAAAUGUUAUCUUGUAAUGAUAAAGGAGCUCUACAGGUUUUACUUGUCAGUGGUGGAACGUUUAACUCUUUUGUUUCCUUGCUACAGAAAACAUCUUUAACAGGAAGUAUUGCUCAGUCAUUAGCUAUUUCUGUGAUAAAGGUUAUACAAACAAUAUUAGCUGGUUCUAAUAAUGCCAAGUGUCAAGUAAACUAUGAAAAGUUUGUUGAUGCUAUGAGAAGUUUAGGUCAACCAUCAAUUGAAUUAUUAAAAUCGUUAUUAGAUUUGGUUGUGGAAGAAGAAUUUGUAGAGAAAGAUAAUCAUUUAGUUCAUAAUACCAAGGCAGCUGUCAUGUUACUUCAAUGGUUACCAGACAUUCAAUCACAUGAUCUCCAAAUAUGGCUGUCAUACCAACUGAAGUGUCUUUGUGGUCGUGGACAUAGAAAUCGCAUGAAUUGUUGUAAUGCUGGAAUGGUAGGAGCAAUAUUAGGUGUUUUAGGGCGACAACGUCAGAUUGAUCCUAAAGCUGUCAGUAAUCUUAUAAAAUUAACAGAGUUAUUAGGUACACAUUCAAUACAAGCUAGUGAACUAAAACAGUUGAUUGCUUUAUUACGUUUAGAUGAAGAAAGUGUUCAGAUGCCAUAUUGUACAAGGUUAAUGAGAGCUAUAUCAACAAUGGCUAGGAGAGACGGUAGAGAUGGGGCUUUACAAUUCUUUGAUAUACAAUCUAGAACGGAUGGUUUAGUCUUGCCAACUAUAAAGAAAUGGCCAGGACCCGGUUAUACUAUACACUGUUGGUUAUGUUUAGAUACAGAGUUCGACUUAAGUCCAUAUCAUCUACAUGAUCCAACACUAUUUAGGCGACAACUAUACAAUAUUUCUGGUAGUCAUGGUAAUGGUAUAGAAGGCUUUUUCACCCCAGAUGGUACCUUGGUUAUUGGUGUUUAUAGUAAAAAGGAAUACUGUACUCUAACUCUGGAAAACCAUCAACUAUCUGAUAAUCUUUGGCACUGUAUUGAUAUUACCCAUACCAGUUCUAGACGUCCUUUUACAAACAGUCAAGUUACAAUUUAUAUAGAUGGACGGCAAAAACUCACUGCUCAACUUAAAUUUCCUAACCUAACUGACCCUUUGUGUUCAAACAGAAUUGGAUCACCAGGAAUAAAGUCACCACUAGAAACAUCAACAGAACUAACAGCCACAACACCGACAGCUACAGAACCCAAAUUACCAUCUACAUUAAAACGCUUCUUUCAAGUCAGUCCAAAAUCUACACCAGCUCAACAGAACGUCAGUAGCAUUCCAUCUGGGAUGCAAGAUGACAUUUGGGGUUCUCCAAUCACAAUUCAUGGCCAAAUUGGUUCUAUAUGUAUAUUUCAUGAUGCCAUUUCACAGAAUCAAGUCCGUUCUUUGUAUUCUAUAGGUCCAAAUCACAUGACUCUCUUUAAUGAUGAUUCAGAAUUAUUUGAUUUACCAGGAAAAUUAUUAUGUCAUUAUAAUGCUAAGGCAUGUAAAGAGAAUAUAUGUAUAGAUUUAUCUAAUAGUCAAAAUCAUGCUAUAUUAGCUGGUCAAAAAUGUGUCACAUGGGAUAUCAAGGAUGUUGUAAACUGUGUCGGUGGUAUACAAGUUUUAUUUCCCCUAUUAGAGCAAGUGGAUAAAAUACCAGCAGCAAGACAUGAUAGUCCUGAUUCUAGUAAUAUGAUUGAAUCAUCUGUCUCAGAAGAAAAUGACGAAUGGGUUAUAGUUCCUAGUAGUUCUUAUGCUGAUGCAAAUCUUGAACAAAAUCAGGUGUCAGCCUUUUUGACCAUGUUACGUAACAUGCUACAAACAAAACCCAUCAAUCAAGACUCUUUUGUUAUAAACCAAGGUGCAGCUACAAUAGGAGCUUUAUUACAGAAGGUGGAUCCUAAGUUAAUAGAUGUACAUGUAUUAAUGGCUGUACAGUUAUUAAAGGAUGCCUUUAUGCAGGCUAACAAACAACUCCUGUAUCAUCUUUAUCAAUAUAUAUUGUUUGAUUUCCGUAUUUGGAGUAAAAGUGAUUUUCCUGUUCGAAUAGGUCAUAUCCAGUAUUUAGCAACUAUUAUUAAAGAUGAAAGACAAUAUUUCCGAAAGAAAUAUGGUGUUCAGUAUAUAUUAGAUGUCAUCAGAACUUAUUACAGUGGCAGUAAUGGUUAUGAAGAAGAUGGGAAGACAAUAAGAGUAUCAUUAUUAACAUUAGUUAAAUAUUAUAUCACACAUGAUAUAAAACAAGAAGAAUGUUCACAGAUUAUAGCUUUCUUAUUAUUGGUCAAAGAAGAGGAAUUGGUAAGAGUUCUUACAGUGUUUGCAACUGCCUUAAAAAUUGACUGUUUUAUAUAUGUUAUUGAAAUCAGACAAGGUGUAUGA